AUGGCGACAGGGGAGGGUUUUGAAAAUUUGACAAUGUUAGACAUUCUACCAUGGGAGGAUGUCCUGAACAAACAUGUCCUGCCUUGUCUCUCCAUCCCGGACCUGUUCCAGCUCCGACAGGUCAACUCCCAGGCUCUACAUCUCGUCACUUCCUUCUUCAACUCAACCUUUAAGAUCGACCUGUCACCUUACUGCAGCAAGAUCACUCCAGAUGCCUUCCGGUUGAUCCUUGGAGAAAACGAAGUCCUGAACGCUCUCGUUUUGUCCGGUUGUAAGAACUGGCUUACAGAUCGGCUACUAGUCCCUGUUUUAAUUCGUAAUGAAAGACUUCUACGACUGAACAUUUCUAAUUGUUUGCACCUACAAAGUGAGACGAUACAAGCGGUAGCGGAAAGCUGUCACUCACUGACUGCGCUAUCACUGAAGGACUGCCAUUGGCUGAAUGUGCCGUCGUUUUUGAUGGUCGCAGUGAGCUGUCGGGAGCUGGAGAAAGUGGACUUGACGUCAUGUUGGGAAAUUAAUGAUGAGUGUAUCAUGUCAUUGGUGGUGGCGUGCCAGAAGAUCACGCAUCUUUCACUGGCAAAGAUCUACGGGAUAACAAACCAAGCGAUCGACGCUGUGGCUAAAGGUUGCCCUCGGUUACAAUAUUUAGAUGUACAAGGCUGUUGGAGAGUCAACAACUCUGCUAUAAGGAACGUCGGAGAAUACUGUAAAUGUCUACAGGUGAUUAAAGUAUCAGACUGUCGGGACGUGACGGAAGCCAGCCUGGCCCGUCUGCGGCUACGCGGAGUGAAAGUAGACGUCCCCGCUCCCGUCGGUCUCAACCUGUCGCGUUUAGAACACACGUUUGGUCACGGUGAGCUGGUCCCACCGCUGUACCUACAGAUCUAAUGGAGCUGGGAACUCCAGUGUGAUACCCUCUACACAGUUAUCUAUACGAUGAGAUAUGAUAUAGACUCUAAGGAGAUGCAGUGUGCUGUGUAUUUCUUGAGUUUUGGCAAGCAGGUUAACCUACUUUGUUUCAGUAAUAAAUACUUACUGCUUAUGGAUUGUUAUAAAGAGUUAUAGAUAGCAAAAAUGUUUCAAAAGUUCUUAAAUCCUGAGACUUAGCUUAUGAAGCUGAUACUGUAUAUGCUGCUAUUUAGAAAUUUAAUUGAGUACUGCAGUACAUCUUUUUAUAUAUGUGUCAUAAUGUGUGUGAAUGAUAGAGGAAAAGAAAAGCCAUCAUGAGAUAGACCACCUCAUAGUUAAAUGUUACUGUGUGCUAUCUUUCCAUCUAAACAAAAUUUGAUUUUAAAGAAUUGUAACAUGCAGCCUUAACUGGCUUAAGAGAAAUGAAUAAAAAUUCAUCCUGGACAUUUUUUAAUUUGAUUUAAGUGGUAUAGAAGGGUAGCUGAGUCAAAAAUAUAAAGGAAAUUGUACAAAAAUAAAUUGUCAGCUAUGGUAGUUACUUGGUUCAGUUUUUAUGAUCUACAAUAUAUUAUCUAUUCAUUAAAAAACUUAGGGAGAUCAAGAAGUCAUCCUGUUGUGUGGUUGAGACUUACAUGAUGAAUGAUGGGUAACAAACAUAUAUGAUAAAUCAGUUAUAUUGACAGUGUCAUGAUUUCAUUGUCACAUGAUGUGCACUGUAUACAUCCUGUAAGUAACAAGGCUGUCCUUCAUUGUACAUUGUACUAAAUUUUAUUGAUUUUGACUUACCUGUAUUGUAUGUGCCUUUAUAUGUAGAAAGGUAAGUUGUUGAACAAAACUAUGGGCCCAAACUGUUUAGGUCUGUUCAAGACCCACAUACCUACCAAGUAUCAAGACAACCCAUUUAGGCACUUACAAGUACCUAGUAUCUAAGAUGUUCACAGACAACAGACAAACAUACUGGUUAAGGUAAUAAUAACAUCAACGGUAGAAAUAAAGAGAAAUUGUUCUUUUGCCUUGGGCUGGCUAUAUACCGACUGCUCUAAACAGCACGUUUUUAUACCAUAAGAAUUCCAUAUGCAGUGAUAUAGCUUGUUGUACAUGUGUCUGUUAAUGUCCCUGUACAUGUCAUGCCAUUAAAUAUUUACAAAAUCAA